AUGUCGAGUGUGUUUACCCGACUCGACGUCGGAGAACCCGAAGACCAAGGUCCUUACGAGGCCGUGUAUCGCGCAAGGGAGAAUGAUGGUGCUUCCACUGGAAUAUUAUCUGACAUUCUCAGGCGUCUAACUUCAUUGGAGCAAUCUCUGACAGUAGCGCCAUGUCAGUCUCCUGUAGCCGGUGACCGGAGAAGUUCAUCCGCGCCCUCCCAUAAUGGCAUCCUAGAACCUCCUCGGAAUAAUGGCAAUAACAUAUUCGCUCCAGAUAUCAUUCAAGAACACAUUCCCUCUUAUCAUACUACACAGCAGACCACGCCAAAUAUCCCAGUGCUCAGCCCAGAUGCUGGCAGUACCUUGGUUUGGGACGAUGCAUCCAUCACCAAGAACAUGGCCUCCGAAUGGGUCAAUGUGUUCUAUACUCUGUCCUGGGGCCCUGAGCUUCCUGUGGGAAAAGAUUUCUUCCUUCUUCUUCCUGACCUGUUUGACCUACCACACGUCAAGAUCGACACAUCCGCACUUCUUGUAUACUACAACGUUCUUCUGCAAGGGUUAUUCAUGGAUCGAAGGCUCGGGCGCAGGAGAAAAGACUAUGAGUCCUAUAUGUACAGGAAGAUGCUAUUACAUGCGAAAGACUGGGACUUCGAGGCCCAACCUACCCUCACAGACCUUUACGCCGCACUUCUCUUGAUUUUUACAACAAACUUUUUUUUUGAGAGGGAGCUUUCAUGGAAAUUCCAUUGCUCUGCCUACCGCAUAGCCUGUAACCUAGGCUUCUUAUUGCUAGACGCGGACGUCAGUGGCAACUGCCAGUCCCCCCAUGGCCACUCAAUUCAUAAAGACCAGAUGCGGUUCUGUAUCUGGAAUUUGGUGCACAACGAUUGUAUUUUCCGCCUUCAUUUAGACAAGCCAGGCCUGCUCGAUCCUAGCACCAUGGUCGUCAAAUUCCCAGAGCUAUCAACGUGGAACCCUAACGAAGGGCUUAAUCGAUCAGCCCAAAUAAAUUUCUUGGUGGCCACGCGCCUUGCCUUUGCGAAACUGCGGUUUUUCGAUAUGAUGGAUGAUGCACGGCAAAAAGGAUCACAGCCAUCUGACCAGUUAAUAGAGGAUUUAAUCGGGGAGACUCAGACAGCUCUUGCAGACUGGAAAAUAGAUGAAAACCUCGGAGCAGCAGAGUAUAGCAACAGCGUCUGGUUCUACGAUGAACUCAUUCAGAACGCCUGUACCACCGUCAUUCUACUCAAUCGUACAAGAUCAGUAUCAAACAGACAGGCGUCCAAAACCCAGUCGCUUGAGGCGGCAAGGAGGGCAAUUGAAAGCAUGAAGCAAGCAAUGACUAUUGAUUCGUCUGGCUCUUACUGGCCACUAUGUUACUUCUCUUUCUACUCGGUCAUCACUAUCCUUACCAUAUUCGCUAAUAUUUUGGAGACAAAUACGCCUGCCGCCAUCGCUCACGACAUGUCCCUCGCGGUGUGGUUCGGGGCCAUGCUGAUCCAGUGGACAGCCGAGCGCGAGGAACUCAGACCUGUUGAGGCAGCCGUCAACACACUGAACGACAUAUGUCGGCAAGUUAAACUGUGCACGUCCAGCAUACAGGUUCAGCCAAACAGCCAGCUUGUCACGGGAGCGACACCCGCUGACGGGAUAAUGCUCAGCCCCAGCUCGGUCCAAACGCUCGACUGUAUCGGUAUUAAAGUGCAAGAUCUUGUUCAGAAUCCAUAUGAGACAAUUUUACUUGUCGAACGGUGGAUCUACUCUCAGCGUCUUAGCAGUCCUGAGAUAUGA